AUGACUCAGGAGUCCCAAAAAUUUGCCUCGAAUUCAUCAAAUAGCACCAACAGAACGUUUCGCUAUAAAGAUAAUCUAUUCGGCUCAAGUGAAAACACACAAUAUCAUUUAGACAAUCUAGAAUUGAGUUGCAUUAUUUGGUUUACUAUUGAGUAUGUCGUUAGAUUUAUCGUUGCUCCAUGCAAGUGCAGCUUUCUAAAAAGUCCCAUGAAUAUUAUUGACUUGAUUGCAAUUCUCCCCUUCUAUGUAUCAAAGGCUCUGGACUCUUUAACUGCUAUAAGCAAGGUCGUCCAGGUUUUUCGUUUACUUCGGGUACUGCGCGUUCUCAAGUUGGCCCGCCAUUCCAUUGGAUUACAGGCCUUAGGUUAUACCGUCCGGCGGUCAUACAAGGAACUCGGUCUUCUUAUGAUGCUCGUUGCAAUGGGUGUACUCAUAUUCUCUAGUUUAGCCUAUUUCGCAGAAAAGGAUGAAAAGGAUACCAAAUUUGAGAGCAUUCCAGCUACCUUCUGGUGGGCUAUAAUCACAAUGACAACAGUUGGUUACGGAGACAUGAGUCCAACUACCGCAUGGGGUCAGGUAGUUGGGUCUGGAUGCGCACUUUGCGGAGUACUCGUAUUGGCUAUGCCCAUCCCCAUCAUUGUGAAUAACUUUGCAGAGUUUUAUAAGGAUCAGAUGAGGCGUGAAAAGGCAGUUCGAAGGCAAGAGGAAAUGCAACGAGUUCGACUAUGUAGAAGUAUGAGUUCUGCUAGCUUUGAUAUUCAUAGAGACCAUGCAAGUGAGAAAGGUCUGAAAAACUCUGCCUCCGAGGAACUGGGAAAUCAAAACCUGGUUUCAUUUCAACACUGUUCGGACAAGAUCAAUAUUGAAGAAAGUCAUAUAGAUAUGGAAAGGACACUUAGUGAACAAUUGGAUCUUACUGGAUCUCUAACUUCUCCAAUCAUUCGAAGUCAUGCAUCUUCCACAGACAAUUUGCCCCUUCGAAAACAUUCAAUAGACGUUGAGGUCCAAGUUCACAGCAUCACAAAGCUGGAUACCCCUAUUUAA